AUGGAGCGGCGUCUGGACGUGCUGGAGGGCUCGGACUUGGACCAGGACAGCGGCAGCAGCGCCUACAGCCAAGUGACAACCCCGGACGGGCGGUCCGACACUCAGAACACGCACACGCGCCUCCGCUCUUCGUCGAGCUCGUCCGAGUCUUCGUCGCACAGUUCUUCCGCGUCUUCCAGGGAUGGAGAAGCCUCGCAGCAGGCCUCGCGCACGCCCAGUGGGGUGCAACUGCUCUCGGCUCAGGGGUCAGCCACGUGGCAAGCUCACAUGGACCCGCGCGUGGACCUGAAGCUGCUGAGCAACCACUUCCGGGACGAGAGGAUGGAGGAGUCGUACCAGCUCUACUCCUCCACGGUGGACUUCCCCGUGGCGCGGCGACUCAUGCUGGCUCUCGUGGCCUUCGAAGGCGCGGCUUAUUUCCUGUUCCGAAGGUUCAAGGACACGUGCAUUGCACCUUCGGGAAACGACUACGAGUGGGUGGAUCUGCUCUCGCAGUUGUUAGAGGAGGAACCUUCGGGAGGUUCCAACGUCUCCGACACGAGCUGCGUCUCGUUCAUUGAACCCAUGUCCAAGGACGAAGGACUCACGUGGCUACUGUGGAGCUUUGCGCCCUUUGCUGUGAUUUAUGGCAUGCUGCCACUGAAAUACUUUGAAGGAAGUAUGAGAUUGAGGAUUGGAGUGUACUACAUCCGACGGCAUUGGAAGGUGAUUGCCUCGUUAAUUGUGUUGUGCUGGUCAGUAGGGCUGGCGGUGUUUGUACAUCACGAGCUAGUGGGCAUGAGGAAGAACUUGCAGCAGAGUCUGGGGAACGGGAUGGUCUGCGCGUACGAUACGGUGAUGCCGACAUCGUGGUAUGAUACGUCGGAGUGGGGCAAGAUAUCGGGAGCGGGCGGGGAAAUGAUGUUGUUAUCGUGGUUGCAGCUAUACGAUAGCAAGCUAGCGUACUCGUUGCUUAUGGGUGUGCUUGCUAUACUGGCCGCGUUUGCUGGUAUUGUGGCGGUGGCGAUGAAGUUGGACUUUACGCACGUGCUGCUCUUGUCGGUGGCGGAGUGGAUCACGACGCUGAUGUUGUGUUUCUUGGGAGCGACGCCACUGAUUUCAUCCAGCAGGCGCGUGAUGAGUAACGAGGCGUUCCUGUUCUUCUUGUGUGUGUUCCUACCCACAUGCUUCGCGCUCACAGCCACGUACUCGGAGGAUCGUGCUGCUCGAAUGGCGUAUGCCUCUAAAGUGCGUGCCGAGCGCAUUAACACAACGCUGAAGCUGGAUUUGUCCGUGAAGCAGAUUGGACUGGAGAACCGUAAUACGAUGACCCGCGAUGAAAAGGAGGCGUUGGAGCGAGCCCUGAGCGCGACAGGCGAUAUGGAGCUGUUCAUGACGGUGUCCAUCCCGUUUGCAGACCUAAAGUUGAAGGAGAUUUUGGCCAAGACACCAAACGGAGAAGUAUUGGUGGGUGAGUACCAUCAGACGGAUGUCGUGGUGAAGCGGUUGGCACAGUCGUGCUUAACAGCCGAGGGUCUUGCAGCAUUCAAGAGCAAGGUGGAGUUGCUGGCAUGCUUACGCCAUCCUAACAUUGUGCUGUUUAUUGGCGCCACCUUCGACAACCUAUCGAACGUAGGCCUCGUGAUGGAGUAUCUGGAGCGUGGCGACGUCCUAACGCUGCUGCGUAGUAGCCCCAUCGCGCUGACCUGGAGUGACCCGCUGCUGAAGAUAGCCACAGAUGUGGCUCAGGGCGUCUCCUAUUUGCACAACUGUGAUCCUCCGUUGGUGCAUCGCGAUCUCAAGUCUUCCAACUUGUUGUGCACACGCACGUAUUCGUGCAAAGUAUCUGAUUUCGGCGAGUCCAAGCGACAGUUGCUGCCGGGCAAGCUGUUUAGUACGAUCGUAGGCACGCCGUACUGGUUGGCGCCCGAGAUUUUACGCGAGGAACGGUACGACACGCAGGUGGACUGCUACAGCUUUGGCGUCAUCCUCGUGGAGCUUGAAACUCGGCGUGAGCCCUACCAUGACCUCCCUAAAGACUACACGACGAUCGACAUCAUGAUGGGCGUGUCACGUGGGGACUUGCGGCCAACCAUUCCUCCGUCCUGCUCACCCUGCCGUCGCGAGCUUAUCACGCGCUGCCUGGACGAUGACCCCAAGCGGCGACCGAAGAUGACGGAAAUUCUCUACGCGCUGCAGCAUGAGGUGCGUCAGGAGCUGCUUGACCAGAACUCCACGGAUGUCGUCAGCGAUAAGCACCGGCUGGUGCUCAUGCAGCAACACCAGCGACUCAAUCGCCGCGGACUGCAGGACCUUAUGCGGGGUCAUGACGAUGACUAA